AUGGACCAGCUCAUCGAAAGAAGCCAGCUGCAUCAGUGUCCGUUGCGGUUCAAGGGCAUUGCUUCCCCUGGGGAAUGUGGCAAUGUUGAGGCAGUACAGGAAGGGAAGAAGAUUGUUUUAACAAGGAGAUUGAUGAGGCUUCUUGCCUUGAUUUCUAUCACUGCUGCUCUUUAUGAGGGAUACAACGGGUUUAAUUUCUAUGGUGUAUAG